AUGCCCCAAUGUGACAAUUGUCAAAGGCGACAUCGUGACUGCCAUUAUCCGGGGUCAAAGCGAGCUGGCACCUUCUUGAGGAAGGGCACCGACCAUGCUUCGAGCGCCGAGAGUCACCAGAAAAGUACUUCUCCGCUUCAAAGCAAGCAAGAGUUGAUCAAGUUUCUCGACCUCUACUUUCGGUACCUAUAUCCCCUCCCAGGGUACAGCUUCCUACAUGAGUCCUCAAUUCGACGAAUGUACUCUGAAGAGAGACUGGAGGAAAGCCUCGUGCUUGCCAUCUGCGCCAUUGUCAAUCUGCGAUGCCCGUCCUCAGGGCGAGUCUCCUACGAUAGCGCUUCCUGGAUUGCACGGGCUGAAAGUCGCAUCCUCAACCAGCUCGAGAGGCCGUCAAUCUUUCACUUGCAAGCUCUGUUUCUCAUCAUUCACUAUUACGCCGAAGUGGGUGGUUUCGGGCAAGCAUUCAUGCUGGCAUCGCUCGCUAGUCGCCAAGUAACUGCUUUGCGUCUCAACCACGAAAGUCCCCAUCUUGGCUUCGUGGCUCAAGAGACCCGCCGCAGAGCUGCGUGGACGAUGGCUCUACUUGAUGGAUACUUCUCGGUCGGUCUUCCGGGCUACAGCACCAUCGACUAUGGGGAGAUCUACCAGCAGUUCCCUUGCCGCGAGGAAAUGUUCGGCUCGCCGAUACCGGAGUGCAUGAUCCGUCGUCCGUCUGGCAUCCGGACCGAUCAGUCCCCGGCCUCGCACGGUACGCUCGAACUCAUCUUGCGUCUGUCCAAAGUCCGUCGCGAUAUCAUUCGCCUGACUCGCCAACUCGCCCUAGUGGAACAGCCCGUCGUUGAUCUUGAUGCCAUUGCUCGAGGCUUUCAGACAAGUCUGUUGCAGAUCGGCGCCCAAAUCACCGCGUCUUUUGGGACCCCUUCUCUGAGCCAUGCUAAUCUCCAGUUCCAAACCCAGCUACCAUCGCGGUGGCUGGGACGGGUCCUCGAAAUCCGAGUCGCAUGGCACCAAGCGCAGUGCGAUCUGUUCCGGAUAUUCCUUGCCAGCCAUCCCAACGCUGCAUCUUUGACGAUUCUUAAUUCCUUGAGCUCCAGCCCGUUCGUCCUUCAAGCCCGGGAAAAAUGCCACCAGCACAGCACGUGUAUCAUCGACUCGAUCUUGCAGAAUGAGGCUCUCAUUCCUCCAACUUCAUUCUCUGUGGAUAUCGCCCGGUGUGUUUACCACGCGGCGCGUCUGUGUCUCCAUCUGGCCCGGGAUUCAGGUCAAAAAGGAUCAGGGGACUCACUGUCCCUGCCGCUGGGCACGGCGCUAGAGCGGGCAUCCUUGGCCAUAGCCUUCUUGCAGCGGAACUUUGGGCGGGCGGCUCAUGCGAAGGGGAUGAUCUUGGAUCUCGAGGUGUUGAUCGAAGCGUGCAGUAGCCACCAGUCUAAAGAGGCGAGAGGAUCGAAUCCUGAUCGGCUGACUGGGUCGGAUGGGUUUGAGCGCCAUCAUCAGCUAGCGGUGCAUAGUCUUCUCCAUCAGGCGGAGUUUGUGGAUGAUAGCUAUCUGUAUGAUGGGUAG